AGCUUAUUGUUGGUCGACCGACGGUAGUGUGAGUGUGGCUGCCGAGGUCGGUUGUCUGUUCCGGCAAAGAGUGGUUGCAAGACGUUGUCCACCUGUACGCCAGCAACAGUCUGGUACAGCAGCCAGAGCUCUUUGGAGGUUUAAGCUCCAAAGCCCCAACACCCUCAGGGAACUGUGCUUUCUGGAGCAAUUGGAGAGAGACAGCAGAGCAGAGCAGGGCAGAAGACAGCAGCCGAGACAGACUGUCGGCUGGACAGGGGGUGAGUCCGCCUGUCAACUUGAGACCAUUCCCUCCCCCCCCUUCUCUAUUCAACUUAGGCAGUCCUCGAUGAUGAUGUUGAGAGCGCUGAGCUUCCUGUUGGUGGCGUCGUGGGCCCUGGCUGCCGAUGUGAUAGAUCCCAAUGACUGCUUCGAAUUCCCCUGCCUCAUCUUCAACGACGAGUUCGACGACGGCAUAGAUGAAAAUGUCUGGGAGCACGAGAUUAGCAUGUACGGCGGUAGGAACUGGGAGUUCCAAGUGUACCUCAACAACCGCAGCAUCAGUUACACUCGUGACUCAACACUCUUCAUCAAACCUCAACUGACGUCCAACUGGAAGUCCGAGGAGUUCCUGAGGAGCGGUGAGCUGAACCUGGGUGAGGCGUGCACGGAGAGCGCCAACUACGGCUGUUGGCGCACCGGCGACCCCGACUACAUCCUCAACCCCAUCAUGAGCGCCAGGCUCAGGACCCUCCCCUCCUUCGCCUUCAGGUAUGGCCGCGUGGAGGUCCGUGCCAAGAUGCCCCGAGGAGACUGGUUGUGGCCAGCUAUCUGGCUCCUGCCAAGGAAUUCGCGCUAUGGUCGAUGGCCGAAGAGUGGCAGCAUUGGCAUUGCCGAGUCUAGGGAUUUUAUGAGGACUAACCUCAGUUUGUACUGGGCAGGAAAUGACGACUAUGGCGGCCUGGGACACAUGCAGGCAGAGUCCAGCCUCCACUGGGGCCCCAACCCACAGAUCAACCUCUACCCCAACACUCAACAAAUUUACACUACCGAGAACGAUUCUUCUGACAGCUCCACCAAGAAUGAUUCUCCUAACAGCUCCACCAAGAAUGGUUGUCUUAAAAGAGCCGUCGAGACUGAGCCGUGUACCAGCGAAACAAGCAGGAAUGACUCCUUUUCUGACAACUUUCACACGUGGAGGCUUGACUGGACCAAGGACAAAAUGACGUUCUACGUGGAUGGGAAGGAGAAGUUGAUGGUGGACCCGGGCAAAAACUUCUGGAACUUGAGCGGCCUGGGCAGCUCCCUGAGCAACCCCUGGAAGUCUGGCGGCAAGAUGGCUCCUUUCGACCAGAAGUUCUACAUGAUCAUGAACUUGGCUGUCGGGGGCGUGAAUGGCUACUUCCCUGACGACGUGGCCAGCUGUCCACCCAAGCCCUGGACCAACCACUCCCCUCACGCCUCGCGAGACUUCUGGAACGCUCGGGAGUGGUGGCUGCCCAGCUGGGAGCACUGUGAGGGGCACAUCAGCGAGAAGGCUGCUCUUCAGGUCGACUACGUUAAGGUCUGGAAAAUGGAGAGCAUAGAGCAGUAGCUCACACCAUCCAGCAGGUGACCCACGCCUCACCCACACCAUCCAGCAGGUGACCCACGCCUCACCCACACUAUCCAGCAGGUGACCCACGCCUCACCCACACCAUCCAGCAGGUGACCCACGCCUCACCCACACUAUCCAGCAGGUAACCCACGCCUCACCCACACCAUCCAGCAGGUGACCCACGCCUCACCCACACCAUCCAGCAGGUGACUCGCGCCUCACUCACACCAUCCAGCAGGUGACUCGCGCCUCACUCACACCAUCCAGCAGGUGACUCGCGCCUCACUCACACCAUCCAGCAGGUGACUCGCGCCUCACCCACACCAUCCAGCAGGUGACUCGCGCCUCACUCACACCAUCCAGCAGGUGACCCACGCCUCACCCACACCAUCCAGCAGGUGACCCACGCCUCACCCACACCAUCCAGCAGCAGACCUAUAACAGUUUAGCUGUUCAAAGAAUGAUGUAUUAUCUUGAAUUAAAAAGCUUGUUUUGUUAAUUGUUUUGCACUUAACAACUUACGUGGGGAGAGUGCCGAUGUAAUCACCCAUUAUUUGUGAUUUGAGAUUAAAGUUUUUCACUUAAAGUGGC